GUACCAAGAUGGCGGAGGCUUCCUUGGGAAGUACGAGCCCAGUUGACUCUUUGUCAUCGGAAGAUCAUGAUUUUGACCCGACGGCAGACAUGCUGGUACACGAUUACGAUGAUGAGCGUACGUUAGAGGAAGAGGAGAUGCGAGAGGGCGAGUCGAACGGCAGCUCCGAAAUCGCAGAUCUGGAGAAGGAGGGGAACAUGCCUCUGGAGGAGCUGUUGGCGUUGUACAGAUAUGAAGCUGGAGACAGCGUUAUUGGAGGGUCGAGUACAGACAGCUCGUCUGUUGAGCUGACCGAUGAGCUGCCGGACAUGACGUUAGAUAAAGAGGAAAUCGCUAAAGAUCUGCUCUCUGGAGAUGAUGAAGAAACACAAUCUUCUGCGGAUGACCUCACGCCAUCUGUAACGUCACACGAAACCAAUGAUUUCUUCCCCAGAACUCUUCGCUCUAAUGUGGUUUAUGAUGGGGACAAAGAAUCUGAGGGUGAGGAGGACGGUUUGAGCCCUGAAGACUCUCGCAAGGAGAUCAUGGUGGGUUCUGAAUAUCAGGCGGAAAUUCCAGCACUUGCCUGUUAUAAUGACCAGGAAAAAGUGUAUGCCGAGGAAGAUCAACUCUUGUGGCAGCCCGACAUGCUGCCUGAGUCGAAGGUCAAAAGCUUUCUGCUGGACGCUCUGAGUGCGGAUGGAAAGAUGGACAGGGAUGGCAGAUGUUCACUGGUUAAAGACAAUGAACAGGCCUUAUAUGAGCUUUUGAAGUGUAACUACAAUGUCCCGGAAGCUCUUGAACGGUAUCGCAGCAAUGACAAAUCCUCGAAGGAUGAGAUGCUUCCUUGGUCUGAAGAAGAAUGCCGAAAUUUUGAACACGCUCUUCUGUUGUACGAGAAGAACUUCCACCUCAUUCAGAAACACAAAGUCAGCACAAGGACGGUGGCGGAGUGUGUUGCGUUUUACUACAUGUGGAAGAAGUCUGAACGAUUCGACUUCUUCGUCCAGCAAAACCGAUUCGGAAAGAAGAAGUUCAGCAGUUAUCCUGGCGUCACGGAUCUGAUGGACCGGUUGGUGGACGAGGCUGAGGGUUUGGUGGAUGGAUCUGCUUCAGUGUGUUCCAGCAGCAGCGGCAGGAUCGAUCCUCCAACCGAACAGCAGCUCAACAUCCUCAACUCCAUCACAGCCAGUGACCUCUCAGCGCUGACGAGCACCGUGGCGUCGGUGUGUAACCCAGCAGACGUGAGCUGUCUGGACUCCUACAGCUUCUCUCCGCUGGACGCUCUGCACCGCGGGCCGCUGAGUCACGAGGAGCCGCUCAGCUACUCCAGCAGCGCAGACGGAGACUGCCUGAACCUGCUGGACUCCGGCUUCUACCACUCAGAGCUGGGCCAGAUCAGUGUGUGCGGAGAGGACUGCGAACGACCCCCGGCCAAGCGGCUGAAGAUGGGUCUCUCCGAACCCUUCAUCAACGACAGCAGGAACAUGGCGGUGGAGUUCGAAGGCCGCACGCACCACAUCACACGUGCCAAAAUGGCGGUUUCGGUCAGUGACUUCGGAGAGGCGGGCAGCUACAUGGGCACACACACACUACAUCAACACACAGCGCUGCAGUCAGAGUGACGGCGCGCAAUAAACCUCACGGGACCACCUGCAAUCAAACGUGUAUAUAACCGCUUCCCUGGAUAUUCCUCGUUUAUUUCUAAUUAUAUAAAUAUAUAUAUAUAUAUAUAUGUGUGUGUAUAUAUGUACAGAUUUAUUCUUUCUAGCUUUGUUUUUACUAUGACAUCAGUGAUGUCUAAUUGUACAGACCUGAAUCUUGAUUUCUCAAGAGUUGAUACAGCCAUUUAUUUUCCAGUCAGUGUCAUAAACGUGUCCGAAUACUGUGGAAAUCUCGUGACGGGGAGUCGUCGCAUGGCUAACUGAUGGAUCAACGCAUUCGGCCUCCCUGUGGUUUCAUCAGUGUUUACAGGUGCCUCGGCUCGCCAAUACCACCGCCUGAAAGGCAUUUACGACCACUCUUCACUUUCGUUUUUGCACCGUGGGGAAGCGGCUCUGUUUUCGUUGAGCACAAGAAAUUCGUAAAGCGACUACGAACGUUUUCAGCCCUGGGAGAUUUAUCUAUUGUUUUGACUGCAAAUGUGUAGGCCCUAAAUACAGCUAGUAUAGAGGUGUUCUGAAGCGCUGCAAUGAAGUGUGUGGUGAUUCUUAUUUGAUAUACUUUGCAUAUUUAUUACGUUUCUUUUGUAAUCAUAUUGAUCAGCCGGGCGUAUUUAUUAC